GGAGGCGUAGCUAGUUACUACUGUUUGUGCUUGAGGUAACUUAACGUUAGCUAGCUAUGCUGCGCAGAAUGAUCUAGCUAACAGUUUUAGCUAACAAGUUGAUCAUGCAGGAUAUAGCUACAUCAAUAUAUUGUUUAUUUAAAAUAACAAUUAGCUAGUUAAACACGCAACGUUACAUUAUCAUCACAUAACGGCUAGUUACCUGGCAAGUAGCUACAUAUUUGGCGUUAAAUUCGAGCGUCAAUUAAGGUUACUUUAGCUAGCUAACGUUAGAUAACUGGCUAGCUAUGUUACUAGGUAAACAACGUUAGCGAUGGGACGUUAUGUUAGCUAGUUAAGGUUAGAUGGUUUCAUUACUGACAUGGAAACAACAAAUGCAUCAAACGUACGAAUGUACUUAAAACUAACUAAUUAUAUAACUAGAUAGUUAGCUACAUUAGUUACAAGUACAACAAAUGACUAGCUGCAAGGGAAUCGUUCAAGCUAACCAACCAGAAUUGCAUGUGGCAAUAUCUAAUAUUAUGUAUCUAACUAGCUAUUUAGUUUUGGUAUUUAGCUCGUUUUUUAGACGUCUACUUAACUCAACAUCAAUUAUUUAACUAGCUAACGUUAGCUACUAAUGGUGUGGCAAUCAAAUCGCUAAACCAGGUUGAAGAAUGUUGGCAAAUAAAUUGCAGCUAGCCAGCUAACGUACUGCUACGUACUUAGCGAGCUGUCUGGGACGCUAAUGCUAGCUCUCAGUUAUGUUUGCUGGCAUUAGUACGCUAGGCUAGCUCAGAAACUAGGCGUCCAAAAUAAAUAGCUAGUUAAUUAAAUAUGCCUUUGUUAACUGUUCAUAACAUUUUUCGAUUACAUGCUCAAGUUACUCACUCAUUCCAAAACACUUGGAAGAUUUAUCUGUCUUUAGGAAAAUAUUGCGUUAUUAAAUCGGUCGCCAUGUCGACUGUGCAGCUUGGCUGCUACCGAAGUUUGAGACCAGUUCGAGGGUGUUAACUGGGGUGUAUGCAUUACUCUGAUUCUGUUGCAAAACGUUUUGUCUGUUGCAAACGGAAACAAUUUUCUCCCAUACGUUUUGCAACUAUAACGAGAGUUUCUAUUGGACACAUUCAGGUAGGUUCCUCACCGUUUGCUCUGUUUGCUUCUGUUUGGUUCCUAGAGGACACGGUAAAAGGUUUCCGUUGCACAACGUUUUUGCAACGGUUAGCUAACUUUGGAGUUGAACGAGGAGCGAGUCCACCCCCUGUUGGUGAGAGAAUGCCAGUGCACAGUAAAAAGGUAGAGCAGCAUUGUCACAUCCAGUUGUGACAUUUGCUGGAUAUGGCACGUUGCCCCAUAUCUCCAUCACCAAAACAUUUUAAAACAAUCUCAGGGACCUGUCAGUUCUUUCAUCCAAAGCUCCGUUCAUUUUAGGGUAGUAGCUGGUAGGCUACAUCUCCCCAGCUUCUCCCCUCAGCCAAACAGUGACAGACUCAAGCUUGAAAUUAGGCAUUUUGCCUUUAAUUACAACAUAAAAUUUUGUUCGCAAGCUUUGGGUAGCCCACAAAAAAAUGUGAUGAUAAUAUCAUGUUGGGCGAGGUUCCACCAAAGAUGCUCCUGCGCAGAUGGUUUAUGUGACUGAGCGCACAGACUCAGCCGUGUGUGUGCGGUGGGUAGCCUGCUAUUGCAUCCACUUACGCAACGGAUAGCUUCAGUCAGCCAGGGUGAAAUGAAAACACGUAUUUUGUAUUUCCAUUUUUGUCUAAUCCGUCUGAUUUCUGAAGGGAUUAACGGACCAAUCAUGAAUAUUGAGAGACCGCCUGUUCGCUCACUGGGAGCAGGUCACCGUCCGCUCGUGGACUCACUCCGUCUGAAGCUGGGCUGGCUGCCGUCAAACCAUAACAGUGCAGAAUAAAACGGAGAACAACAACACAGGAGAAAGUUACUUUACUUUUUAUGACAAAUGUUUCCGACAGCUAGUCAGUCGGGUCAGAGGAUGCGCUCAAGCUAGCCGACUAAACUCCACUCUAUGGUGAAGGAAGUUUCUGAUACUGGAGUUUAGUCCAUUACGCUCAAGCUUGUGCCACAGAGCGCAGGUUUAGCUGUGGGUCGUUGUGCCUGUCCAAUUUAAGUCGGCACGGAACGUGAGUUUCUUCAACUGUGGUGAAUUGCAUCUAAAUAAGAUAUCACCAAGAUCUUUCCAGGUUCCAAUCAGACUUUUCCUCUUUGCCUUGCCAGCCAAUGGAGGAGGAAGAGGUCCAUAUCACACAAACAUUGGCUCCUGCCAGCUCUCCGCUUCGGUCAAGAACCUCUGAUGACCAGGGCCUCAUCCUGAGUCUUGUCCCCAAGCCCAGCACACUCUCUCCCUCCUCUCCCUCGCUUUCCCCUCCCCCCCUCCCUCCUUCAGGCUCUGCCGUCUAUUCCCUGCAGUCCAAGGUGAAUAAUCUCUCCCAGAGAACCGGAGGGAAAGAGAGAAAGAGGGAGAGGGUGAGGGAGGACAAUAUGGCCUCAGAGCUCCAGGUAGAGGGACCUGUCUCAUUCCAGGCCCUGCCCAAGCAGAAGGGCCGCAGCAGGGGGGAGGUGCCACCGCCUGUGCCCUUCCGGCACUUUGACCAGAGGAGGAGGUCCAGCAGUAGUGAAGACGAGGUAGAGGAAGAGGUGGUGGCCAGGGUACAGCUCCACACCGACCCGACUGAACCACAGAGGGAGAAGGAGAGCUGGGGUGCCAUGGGGAAGGGAGCAGAGAAGGGGGAGAGGGGAGGCCCAGCUGGGAGUGUGCCGGGGCAGCCUCGCGGUUUGGGGGAGGGGGCCAGCUUGGAGAGCUUGGAGAACAUCCAGUCAGACAGCACCGGCGCAACCAAGGAGGACCACCCUCCUUCUUCAAAGCCCGCUCCCGCAUCCUCCUCCACCUCUUCUUCCUCCUCUCACAGACACUGGGCACCUCCUAAAGGAUUCUGGAGGGUAGCACGCCCAGAGACUCUGAUUCUGAAUAGGGUGAGCACUCAGUCUACUGUGGGCACUCAGACUACAAUGCCCAUACUCUCGUCAUUUGUACGUCUGAAGGACGAACCCCCUGCACAUGCCACCCUUUCAGGGCCCCAGAGUAAGUCAAGACUGGCUUCUGUGGAUUCUGUAGAUGAGGACAGGGACGAGAGUGAAGGGUGUUGGAACAUGCUGCGUUCGGACAGCCUGGACUGCUACCUGGAGAGGUGUGAUAAGAAAGAAGCGAAGGAGCCUAUGGAUCCCGUGGGGGGGCUGUGGAGGGCGGAGAGCUGGGAAAGUGUGUACUCGCAGGAAGGGACGCUUUCGCUGGGGGAUACAGUGGAGGCCAACCAGAGAGCCAGAGGGCGGUCAGUGAACAGACGAAGGAACACCAAGAGAGUCGAGGAGAAAGGCAGCGUGGACAUCCCGUACCUCUGUGUUGACCAGAUAGACAAGAGAGAUGUGUCUCCAGAUGCAUCUGCCUCCUGGAACAAUGAGUGGGAUUUAACCAUUCCACAACAGGAGCUGCUUGAACUUCCCGGGUAAGGAAUAUCACACUAGUGUCUGUCUACAUAGAAAAGUGGUAAGUGUGUGAGGUGAGGAACCACCUUUUUUAGGGAUAGUUUUUGCCCCCUAAAUAUUAUUUGUAUGUAAAGCAGUCAACUAUCCUGUCCAAUUUGUUUUGUAGAUUGAAACAUAAGCUACGUAAAGAUGCUAAUAUAGCAUAUAACAUCAGAUCACACCUCUCCCAUGAAACUGGAAGUAGAGGAUAGGUAGCCUAGUGGUUAGAGAGGCGGGCCAUCAACCAGAGGGUUGCCAUUUCAAAUCCAGCUCCUUACUGGGAAAAUCUGUCAGGAAGUGAGCUGGCAACAAAUCAAAUGCUAGAUGCCAUUGUCUGCCAUUGUGCCCUUGAACAAGGCACUUAACCCCCUACAACAACAGCUCCCCGGGCGUCCAGUGUGACAGCUCCCCGCACCUAUCCAAAACCUGUAUAUGUACAGUUGAAGUCGGAAGUUUACAUACACCUUAGCCAAAUACAUUUAAACUCAG